AUGUCAAUUGAUUCGACAUCAAAAUCAAUUCAUUGUAAAAAAACAUUAAAAUCUUCAUUAUCUCAAUCAGAUAGUUAUCCAUAUUCAAGACAUUCAUUAAAAGAUUGUCAUAAUCAUUCGUUUUCAAAAAGUCGUACUAUGUCAAUAUCAGAAGAAACAUCUGGUGAUUUGCUUACAGAUUUAUCAUCAUUACCAUAUAAUUCAUAUAAACAACCAAAUAAUAAAUGUAGUAGAAGAUUUAGUGAAUUAAAACCACCUUUAAUACAACAAACUCAAAAAACAAAUAAUGAACGACGUAAUUCAAUGCCUCAAAUUAAUUUAGGGUUUUUACUUCCAUAUCCUUUUCGUACAAAAAAACAUCAUCAUAAAAAUACAAUCAAGUAA